UUUUGAUUGUUAAGAGUCUGAGUGUGGUUGACCUUGUACAACAUGGGUAUGAACUGUGUGGGUCCACUCAUAUGCAGAGUUUUUUCAACAGUAACUACUCCAGUACUACACUGUCCAUGGUUGGUUGAAUCCGUGGAUGCAGAACCUUGGAUACAGAGGAACUGCACGUAUGGAAGGCAAUUACAAGCUAUAUGUGGAUUUUCAACUUCGCAGAGGGUCCGUGCUCCUAACCUUAGUGUUGUUCAGAGGUCAGCUGUAUACUCUACUCCAGAAGAUGGAAUAGAGUCCCAGAGAAACACAGGCUGGGUUAGAGUCCCGGGUUUCUCUGUAAGAAAGCUCAGAGUCCUAGGCUUCUUUGUUUGAAAGGUGUUUACUAGGCUGGAAAUAUCUCCUUCCUGGCUUUUUUUUCCUCAGUGGGGAUUAUUUAUUCCCUGAUUCUUUGGGCUGGAAGUCUCUUCUUCUUGGCUGUUUGUUUGUUUGUUUGUAUUUUAAUUAUUCCCUGACUCCUUAUGCUGAAAGUCUUUCUUCCUGGCUCUCGGUGAGGCCCCUCUGUUCUCUCUCUUGAGUCCGGCUUUUCCCAUGAGAACUUAUCAGAUGACUCAAACCUUCUUUUGAACCCCUAUUGAGUAUAUUCUCUGUCUACCUCCAUUCUUUUUGGCAUGCUUUUGUUGAAGAUAAUGUGGAACUUCACUGACCUCUUUGGGAAAGUUGCAGUCUCUGCACACUGGCUCCUCUAAGACCUCUCCCUUCUUGUUGCUUCUGCUCCUCCUUCGCCCUCUCACCACCUUCAGUCUUCCCUCUAAUUCCCUUGAAUCCUAUAUGUCCCCCUCAAAAUCCCUUCAUCCUCCAUCCCUAUGUCCAUCCCUGCCAGACCUUUUUCCACCUCAGUCUUUAUAGUCACUUGAGCUUUGGACCCUCUAUUCUCCACUGGAGACUGUUGAGGAACUUAGGGACCCCCAAAAACAACUACUUGAGGCUGAAAAGGAAAAAGGCUAAUUGGAAGUAGACUGGAUGUUUUCACCAGUUGUAUCGGCUUUGGAGAUAUCCAGACAGCCUCUAGCUGUCUCCUUGGUCAACAUCUAAAAUUUGGUCCAUAGCUUCCAUAAGAUUACAUAUCAGAGCAAGGGAAGGUGGUGUGUACAAAAUUGGUAAACAGGUAACCUCAACUUGUCCCAUUUGCCAUAAACACAGUUUACAUAAAAAUGUAAAGACAGGAGAAUAUUAUUUUAUAGAAAGCAGUGAGUUUGUAUUACUAUGUUUUACUAACUUAUGACUAAAGUUUUCCAGUGAAAACUGUAAGAUCUCUGUUGGCAUCUGUCUGUAUGUUUAUGUAUGUCUGUAUAUAUGUUGUAGAGGUGUGAUAUUUUUCUACUUCUAGAUGGUAUUACCAAAUUUAUUUAUAAAAUCCAGUCCUGUUCAAAUUGGCUUAGAGAUAAGUGAGCAAUUACAUAAAUUAAGUAUUCCUGAAACUCUCAGAAAUAGACUAACUCAGUGUUUUGCAUUUCAUGAUCUGGGAUAAUUUUUCAUAAAUAAAGCUAAUUUGAAAAUUGUUGGUAAAAUAAAAACAGGCAUGUCUUCAGAGUUGUCAGCAUUAAAUAUGAUACAUUAAAUCCAAACUAAGAAUAAAAUGUACAAUAAAAAUGAAUUGCUUUGUGUAUGUCAAGCAUGGCAGUAAAAUAAAAAAGGGAGAAAGACUAUGUGUGUAACUUCUUAGGUUUUUGCUUUUGUGAUGUUUGCCUAACAUGCAUGUGUUGUAAAAAUAGUAAAAGGGAAAUAACUUGAGAUGACAGCUGGCUUUGUUUGGUGUUGUAUCUGCCUAAAAUAAAAAUCAAGUUCAUUUGUAAGUAAGAUAAACUGCUAAAACAUUCAUUAUUGAGCCUAAAUUUAAGUUUAUAUAUUUUUGGCAUCUUGUUUUUACAUGGUAUAAAGAAACUAAAGAUGUUUGGAUCUCUUAGCAAGCAUUCUUUUGCUACACUGAAAAAACGUACUAAAGGGAAUCAUAUCCCUGUAGAAACUGUGAAAUUGUGUAUUUAGAAAUUUAGUAGUCUACUACAGAAAACUGGUAUAUGACAGACCACAAUUGCCUACUUCCUAGUUUUCUCUGUUAAAAAAAGUUAUUAAUGGUAAAAAUUAUAAUCAAUAUAUGUAAAUGAAACUACUAGAAACCGUAAGAAUGAAGAGAAAUAGCUUUGCAUGCAAAGUAUGCAAGGUAUGAAGGAUGUGUUUUAGUUGAGGGAAAAAAUGUUUUUAUUCUAAGGUAGAAAAAUACAGGACAAAAAUUGAAUAAAUAUUAGAAAAAUGGUUGUAGAAGAUUUGCAGAACAGGAAUUUUGUGUUUGGUUAAGUUGUUAAGGUUGAAUGGAUUUAUUUAUAAGUUACAAAAAAAGUGAACUUUAAUAUCAAAAUUGUACUGGAAUUCCCCGGUUGUCCAGUGGUUAGGACUUGGUGCUUUCGCUGCUGUGGCCCAGGUUCAGUCCCUGGUGGGUUCAAUCCCUGGUCAGGGAACUAAGAUCCCGCAAGCUGCACAGUGCGGCCGAAAAACAAACACAAAAGUGUACUAAUGCAAAACUAGAAUCCCACAAUUUUAUUGGAUUAUUGGCCUGCUCUUAUUAAGAAACAGUAAAAAGGUUUUUCUUUACCUUUUAAGUAGUCUGCCUAGGAAAGAAACAUUUUGUUUCUUAUCAGUAUAAUUUCCUAUCUUUAUCAGGUCUUUGAUUACUUUGAAAAAUUGUUUUCUCAAUAUUAGAAGAGCUCAGUUUUUUUUUUUUAAAUGACUUUCUGUAUUUGCCUUUGAAAUCCUUUGUCACUGUUUAAAUGGAUAGCUAAGUAUUAUUUCACAGUGAUCUGUGAUCUUAUUUAGUCAAGUGCUUAAACUUUUCGGUAUUUUUGACAGCUUCUCAAAAUCAAAUUCUAAGUGGAGUCUUUUUUAUUUUAAACUAACUUUUGAGACUACAGAGGGCCCCUGGAAAAUCUCAAAGGGUAUGUCUCUCACGUUGUAAAAGGGUAUGUUAAACUAAUUAGGUUUAUUUGGUAUUUUAAACUACAUGAGAAGCAUAGUCAAAUAAAUGAGGACAAAUCUUCUUAGGUUAUAUGUGUAUGGGUAUGUUAUAUAAUAAUAUAGGUAUUACAGAAAAGUAUGAAGUUCAUAAAGAUUUGAAAUAGCCUUGUUGUCUGGUUAUUAUGUUAAAAUAUUGUAUGCCACAUAAAUAACUAAUUUUCUUUAUCAAAUGAACUCUCAAAAGAACUUUAUGGCCAUUUUAAGUCUUUUUUCAUUCACAGACAAGUUGUUUUACUCUUGAUUCUCUGAAAGCAUAAACAGCCACAGGCUAGGAUGCUUCAUGAUGGCAUCCUAAGGCCAUGCCAAAGACUGAGGGAAUUCCCAGAAGUAAUGAAGAAGCUGCUGGAUUUAUAAAACUAUUAACCCAGGAUCAAGUAGAACAAGAAAUAAUUACAUUGGACUGAAUAAACUAAUGAGGAUGGCUAUAAAUUUUUUUUAUCACUCUUUGUUUGAAACAUUGUUAGUUCUUUAAUGUUUUGUUCUUCUGGUUUAAAUAACCUUUUUCUUUUCUCUUAUGUUGUCUAUAGUUUACAACAGUAAUCUGGUAGAUUAUGCCUUUAUGAACAAAGAUGAAACAAUUACUUUUUUCACCCUACCUGAUUCCUCCAGAAUUCAGAAACUUUUAGCUAGUAUUCUUAUUUUCAUGACAACGUAGUAAUUUCAGUAAGUUCAAUAAGAAUGUGGUCUUGUAACAGGGUAUAAUUGGAAACACUGGGUAUAUUACCAUGGCUUUGACUGAAAUGUUAUAUUUAAGAGUGAACCGUGCAUAGAAUCUGGUUUGAGGGACUAAGGUUGACUUCAUGGAACCAGUGCUCUUGGAAAAACUGGCCUGGUGUCUGGCUUGCAGGGUUCCCAGCCUCAUAGGUGAGUAAGGGAAGUCACUUCCUGGCAAGUCCAGGAACCUUAGGCUAUCUUGGGGACCUCAAGAAGAGAGAAAUACACCUGAGUCUUUAGGAAUGGGAGAUGAAGUCUGUUGGUUAGUUCCUGAGCUAGCUUCCUAGCCUGGAGAGGCUUUUAAAAGCCUAAUCUGAGAUUCCUUAUGAAAAGUGUCAGCAAAACCAACUCAAGAGCCUGCCUGUAUGGUCAGUCACUAUUCUUGCUGCACUUAUGUGAAUAAUCAGGACAAAGCUAAUGAGACCAGAAUUAUUUUGUAAACAAGAAUUAAAAGGUUGACUGUAGAGAGAAAUUCUUUUUGUUUCAGUGUAAAACUUCAGUGCACCCUUGUGGAUUCCAUCUUUCUUGCACACUGGCUAGUCCUUACCACAUUCUCAAUUCUAGUUUCCUCCAAUACGUGGUUGUAACUCUCCAAACUAAUGUCUCCAGUUUUUCUCCCACCCUCCUGAUGUGGCAUCACUGAGAACUAAAAUUGCCCUUUUCCUGCAGUCCUGCAAGCUGAAGCUGGAUGACUUGAUUAAAAAAACAAAAAGACUACAGCACAUUGUAUAUGGGCAACCUUUGUGCCUCCUGCUGUGUGGACCACUUAUAAAGUUUACCAGAACACUUAAUGCCAUCACCAGAGGCAUUCAAACUGCAAACCAGGAAAUUUCUUCAUGUGGCCACUGCCAUCCUCACUGUAUCAUAUAAAGAUGCUUCAAGUUCAAAUGGAGUUUCUUCUAGACAUUUGGUGUCAUGGGGGAUUUGAGUCAUAAUCGGUUGUCUAAGUGGAACAUCAGCUUGGAAUCUCAAAUGUUGCUAGAAGUGAAAAUGAAUUAUAAUGAGCUAACAGAAAUCCCAUAUUUUGGAGAACCAACCUCUAAUAUUACUCUACUCUCAUUAGUCCAUAAUAUAAUCCCAGAAAUAAAUGCAGAAGUGUUCCAGUUUUACCCUGCUCUCGAGAGUUUAGAUCUCAGCUCAAAUAUAAUAUCAGAAAUCAAGACGUCUUCAUUUCCUCGAAUGCAGCUUAAAUACCUGAAUUUGAGCAAUAAUAGAAUAACCGUCUUGGAGGCUGGUUGCUUCGAUAAUUUGUCAAGUUCCUUAUUAGUGGUAAAGUUAAACAGGAACAGAAUUAGCAUGAUUCCACCCAAGAUCUUUAAGCUACCCCACCUCCAAUUCUUGGAACUUAAAAGAAACAGGAUUAAAGUUGUGGAAGGUCUCACAUUCCAAGGGCUUGACUCCUUGAGAUCUUUGAAAAUGCAGCGGAAUGGAAUUAGCAAACUUAAGGAUGGAGCUUUUUUUGGCUUGGAUAACAUGGAAGAAUUAGAACUAGAGCAUAAUAACCUUACAGAAGUGAACAAGGGGUGGUUGUAUGGCUUGCGAAUGUUACAACAGCUCUAUGUGAGCCAGAAUGCUGUUGAAAGAAUUAGCCCUGAUGCAUGGGAGUUCUGCCAAAGACUAUCCGAACUUGAUUUGUCCUAUAACCAGUUGACCCGCCUGGAUGAAUCUGCCUUUGUGGGUCUGAGCUUACUGGAGAGAUUGAAUUUAGGGGACAACAGAGUCAGUCACAUUGCUGAUGGUGUAUUUAGGUUUCUUUCCAAUCUUCAGACACUAGACUUAAGAAACAAUGAAAUUUCAUGGGCCAUAGAAGAUGCUAGUGAAGCCUUUGCUGGACUCACAAGUCUCACUAAAUUAAUCUUACAAGGAAAUCAGAUUAAGUCAAUUACAAAGAAAGCAUUCAUUGGUCUUGAAUCCCUUGAACAUCUAGAUUUGAACAACAAUGCUAUAAUGUCUAUCCAGGAAAAUGCUUUUUCCCAGACUCGCUUGAAAGAACUGAUUCUGAACACAAGCAGUUUGCUCUGUGACUGCCAUUUGAAGUGGUUGCUUCAAUGGCUGGUUGAUAAUAACUUUCAACAUUCUGUGAGUGUAAGCUGUGCACACCCUGAAUGGCUAGCAGGGCAAAGCAUCCUGAAUGUGGAUCUGAAAGAUUUUGUCUGUGAUGAUUUUCUCAAGCCACAGAUAAGAACCCAUCCUGAAACCACGGUUGCUCUAAGAGGCAUGAACGUGACUCUGACGUGCACUGCAGUGAGCAGCAGUGAUUCGCCCAUGUCUGCUCUGUGGCGCAAAGACAGUGAAAUCUUGUAUGAUGCUGAUAUUGAGAAUUUUAUCCGUUAUCAGCAACAAGCUGGAGAAGCUCUGGAAUAUACUAGUGUCUUACAUCUUUUCAAUGUGAAUUUCACAGAAGAAGGAAAAUAUCAGUGUAUUAUUACUAAUCACUUUGGUUCUAACUAUUCUCAUAAAGCCAAACUGACUGUGAAUGAGAUGCCAUCUUUUCUGAAAACUCCAAUGGAUCUAACUAUUCGCACUGGUGCCAUGGCCAGAUUAGAAUGUGCUGCAGAGGGGCACCCUGCACCUCAGAUUUCCUGGCAGAAAGAUGGUGGUACUGACUUUCCUGCGGCUCGAGAGAGACGCAUGCAUGUCAUGCCUGAGGAUGAUGUCUUCUUCAUUGCAAAUGUGAAAAUAGAAGACAUGGGGAUCUACAGCUGCAUGGCACAGAAUAUAGCAGGCGGCCUCUCAGCAAAUGCCUCACUUAUCGUGUUAGAGACACCCUCAUUUAUUAGACCUCUGGAGGACAAGACAGUAACCCGAGGUGAAACUGCGGUAUUACAGUGCAUAGCUGGGGGGAGUCCUGCCCCUCGCCUCAAUUGGACCAAAGAUGAUGGACCCCUGCUGGUGACAGAACGACACUUCUUUGCUGCAGCCAACCAGCUUCUCAUCAUUGUGGAUGCUGGGCUAGAAGAUGCUGGGAAAUAUACCUGCAUUAUGUCCAACACCCUUGGGACAGAACGUGGUCACAUUUAUCUAAAUGUAAUUUCAUCCCCUAAUUGUGACUCUUCCCAGAGUAGCAUUGGGCAUGAAGAUGACGGCUGGACCACAGUUGGCAUUGUCAUCAUUGUUGUGGUCUGCUGUGUUGUGGGUACCUCUUUGAUCUGGGUCAUUGUUAUUUACCACAUGAGAAGGAAAAAUGAAGACUAUAGUAUCACGAACACAGAGGAGCUCAAUCUGCCUGCAGAUAUUCCCAGCUACUUGUCUUCCCAAGGUACACUGUCUGAGCCACAGGAAGGUUACAGUAGCUCUGAGGCAGGCAGUCAUCAGCAACUUAUGCCUCCUGCCAAUGGAUAUUUACACCGAGCUGCUGAUGGUGGCCCUGGCACCCGAGUUAUCUGCUCAGAUUGUUAUGACAAUGCUAACAUCUACUCACGGACCCGUGAAUACUGUCCAUACACCUAUAUUGCUGAAGAGGAUGUUCUGGAUCAGACACUGUCCAGCCUCAUGGUCCAGAUGCCCAAAGAGACUUAUUUAGCACAUCCUCCCCAAGAUGCCACUACUCUGGAGAGCCUGGUAUCAUCAGCAAGUAGAGAGAUGUCUGCCUUUCCCACCAACCAUGAAAGGAUAAAUGAGAAGAAACUUUCUUCCACACAGAAAAGCAGUGAAACCUUGCAGCGGCCUCUGUGGAACAUAAGCAAAGAAUCAGGUAUGCCUCAUCCUCCUUUUUCCCAGCAGUCAGUCCUUGAGUCACCACAACUCCAUCAGAAUGAGGGCCUGGCAGAGAGUGAUCCAGACUGUUCCACUUCCCCCAUGCCCUGUCACAGGUUACACGACCACGCUUUUGAUUUUAGUAGGACUCGUAACAUUCAAGAUGGCGGUGAGGGCACAUGAAACUCACUCCAGGAUGAAAUCUGGGCAGACGCAAAUUAUUUGAUUUUGUAUUAACUACCUCAGAGUUCAGAAGAAACCCCCAAAAGUCAGCAUUUGCUUUACUCUUUGUCUACAAUUACAUCUGACCACACCAUGGUGGGCUAGGCAUUUGUUUGGGCUUAUACUUGACGAAGAAAGCGUAGUGGCUGACCGAAAUGGGUACACCUAAUAGGAAAUGUGCAGCACGGGCGGAGGAAGGUAAGAGCACAGAGUGCUGUCUGGUGGUUCUACUGGGAUGUGCCCAGGUGAGCAUCGCCUAUUAGGAAGACUCGCAUGGCUGCUUAACAUCCUGGACUGUCUCAACCUGCAGAAUGAUCCUGAGCAAACAGCGCUGUUCUAGUUUGCCUUCCAAGGAACAAAAAUAACUUUGGAGACCCCUGGGGAGUAUGCCUGGGAUUCUGCAGUGGUUUUAAUCCUCCAGUUGAGAGUGGGGCUUUGAUAUUCAAGGUCUUUGACAAGAAUCCAAGACUUGACCAACUAUUACCAGGUCAGGGGUUUUGUAUUCUUGUGAAUCUCUCUCUCUUUCUCUCUCUCUUUUUUUCUUUUGAUCCCUACCGCCCAGGGAUCUCAUUGUAAAUAUAUGUGCAUUUAUAAAUAAUUUUUGUAUUCAUCAAUCAUAUGUGUUGCAAUGUAAAUAUUUUUGAUAUGCCAAAAAAUUAUAUACAAUAUCCAGUUAUAAUAUUGACAGCAGCUUCUCAGACCACAGAUUUUGUACAACUUGGUUUAGUGAAUCCAAAGACUUUGUUUAAAGUUUUAAAUACAUGUUUGUCAAGAAGUCUUAAGUAUAGAGGCAGGGUACCUAGUGAUUGUGUACACACAGAUACAGUCGUGGUGUAAUUAACCACUCUAUUGAUACCUAAAAAUUUGUACAUCUCAUCGUUUGUCAUCUGUUUACCAGUGCCAGGUAAUAUAAACUUCCUAGCAUAAAAAGUCUUUUUCAAAAGACUAGUAGUCUUGUCAUUGCCAUAUGCACAUAGAUAAAGUAAAACUUAUUUUGGGAAUAUCUUCUUUCAGCAAAGUACUUAGUUGACGAGGAAACUAAAGAUUGCUUUUUUUUUUCUGUGUGUGUGUGUGUGUUUUAAAAUAAUAUCUCUUCUACCAAUGCAUGGUGUGUCUUAAGAAGGGAGGACUGCUUUUGGGAGUAGAAGAAUGUGCAGAAAUUCUUAUACUGUAAAGCUUUAGAGUGGUCCUUGGUUUGUAUAAGUGGUUAUUUAAGCCAAAAAGUUUUCUUGAAUUUCUGAUAGCAAGUAGCUUUAUGUAAACGAAAGACUUAGUGCUCUAAUAAAGUGUAAUGGACUAAAGCGCUUCUUUCUUUCAGCUUUCAGAAAGAAAGGCUGUUGGAUUCUGUCCUCUAAUUUUAGUGAGGACUAGAUGACUUCAGCCACUUAAAUGAAAAUAUCUAUUUCUCGGUCAUUGUACAUUUCAAGGGUUUUAAACUCACAUAAUUUCUCAGCUCUUUGCCAGGAAGUUUAGCUGAAUUUCAUACUGUUUUUCAAUCCUAAAUUUUUCUCCCACAGGCAGCAGCACUUCUCUAGCUGUUUGAUACCACCAUGCCUUUCUCUUUUUCCUUUUUAAAUUGUCAGCCUCUCUUCAUUUUCACUUUGAACUUCUUAAAUAUCACUAUUUUCCUCUCCCUUCAAUUUCUGAUCCCUCUUCUUACUUACUAGGUUGUAGUAUAAUUUGUACCGGACUGACUUAGAAUCAAGAAACCUAAUUUAGUGCCUAGCUCUGCUGCUUACUAGUUAUGUAAUCAAGGGCAAGUACCUUUACUUCUCAGCCUGACUUUCUCAUUUAUGAAGCGAGGGCAUUUUACUAGAUGCUCUAAAGCCCUUUCCAGCUGUAACAUUCUGUGAAUCUGUGAUCCCUCCAGGAAUCAAGGAGGAUUAUCUACUCUAAUAAAAAGCUGCUUUCAUGAAAUAUGUUUUAGAGUAGAACAGGAGUGAUGCUGCUUACUCUGACUUGAGCCAGAUUUAUUUCCUCUAUAGCAGGAGUAAUGCUAUAAGAGAUACUCAGGAGGAGGAGAAAUAGUUAGCUUCUAAAACAGUGUCAGUCAGCAUAAAGAAUCUUGACUAGAUUGAGAACCAGCCAUUGCGCUCCAGAACAGCAGGUCUGAAUGCUAGUGUUACAGCACAUCAGAGUAUCAGAAUCAGUUGAGAGAUGUGCCACAACUAAUUUAACUAGUUUGUGACUCACUCACUUUUCUAAUGUAUUCAAGGUCAUCCCUCUAAUUAUAGUACUCUUAGAUUCUGAUGUUCUUUCGUGAAAAAGGUGGAGUUAGAGCAAGACUGCAAGGUAGCAUCAGCUGUUACAUGUGGGAGGACAAAAAACAGGUUGUGAACCAGUGCUCUAGAAAACGUAAAGUACACGAUUGCUGCCUCUGCUCUGGCAGUGGUCCUUCUAGUGCCAGUGGUGUCCGGCUGAUCUCCCAAAUGGCCAGGUUCUUUAUUAUAUUGACUCGAAUGGUUGAGAUGUCCUCCCAGGUAUUGGUAGCUUUCCUAAAUAACUAAAAAACUUGCCUACAAAGCUAGUCAGGAAUUUGUGUAAAUGUGGAUCGGCUACCCUGGUCUUAAAACAAUAGUAAGUUUAAUAAAUUCUAAUCUUAGGAGAUGAAAUUCCUGAAAUUUUUCAUUAUUGUGUGUGUUUUUGACCAAGCAGAUGUUCUACUGUCAGCAGGAUUAGUGGCUCAACAGUGUUUCUUCCCAGCAGUGUAAUGUCUGCCUGCCACCAAUUUAAUCAGCAAUGUUGCAAAAGCAAGGCAGACUAAAAUGCUGAGAGCGAUACUCUCUGUCCCCCACCCAGUUACCACUUCAUAUCAGUAGGGAUACAUACAUUCUCUUAAUUUGUUUGUGCCCCUCUUAGAUUGAUUCUGUAAGUCUUCCUGGAAGAAGAAAUAACAUUUUCCUUGUACGCAAAGCCUUCCUGCCAUAGAGUCUAUACCUGACCCAUAGGCUCUCUGUCACUUAGUAGCCUCUAAAGUGCUUUCCCUAGUUGUAAGUUAAUCUGUAGAAUAGGAAAUACCAGAAACCCAGCCCAGUGUGCCAUUCCCUCUAAUGUGCCGUCUUAGAGUGCUUUGUGUGUAUUUUUCUUAAGGUAACUUUCAUGUCUAAAAACAGUUGCCUUCACACUGCCUGCUGGGAAAUUGUAAAAGAAACAUUAAGACAUUAAAUAAGCAACUUAGACUCUAUUAUCCAUUUUCCUAAAAGGAGAGAUGAUAAAAGUCUUUAGUUACUUAAAGGGUUGUCAUAUGAAACAAAGAUUAGAUUCACUCUUUUUAUUCCAGCAGACGGGUCAUAUCAGCGGGGCAGAAGUUAAAGGGAGAUGCAGUACACACUUGCCAAUAAUUCUAUAUAAGCUAACACUCUAACAAUUAGAUUUGUCUGACGAUUGGAAUAAUCAGCUUUUCAUGGGAAAAGUAUACACAGAAGCUAAAUAAUCAUCUGUUAAUAGCAUUGAAGAAAUUUCUGCAUUGAAAUGGAAUAUGGGCAAGCUCUUUCAAUUGUAUCAUUGGAAAUCUCCAGAAGCAAUCUGACAGUGUAAAAACUGUGUCUUUCAGAAUCCUUUAUAUACAGUAAGCGUAGAGCACUUAAAAAGUUUUGUUUUUUUUUAAACUAAAAGAUUAUGUUCUUUGGUUGACAGAAGGACCCUGUUCUGUGCUAAUGACUGAAAACCUGAAACUCGGGGCUUAUUCUUCUGAGAAAAUCUAUAAUGCUCCUAACCCAAAUGGUAUUACCAUAAUAAAAAAUUUUAAAGCCUAUAAUGUAUUAUAACCCUCCCUUUUACUCUUUUUUACUUGUUUCUUUGUAUCCGUUGGACUCCAUUUGGAAUGGGGUUGGAAUUGUGAUGUUCAGGUUUAUACCCAGUAUUUUACCCAAGUGUGUUACGGCCUUUUCUAAUUUUAAUAUCCACAGAGAUGCCAAAAGGUUAAUGGAGUAUGAGAAGUAAAUUGGCUGUCAUUUUAUGCUACAGCCUCCAUUUCUUACUUUGCUUUUUGAUGCAGAUUACUGAAGUUAAUCAUGAAACAGUUGGACCUUGGAAAGUUGAGCUAAGAUUUUUAGGCAACCUAUAAGUUAUGUUUCAUUUAUCUUUUACGUGGUCUCUUUCCCAGUUCACUUUGGCUUCUUCUAACUUAAAACUUUUUUGUUUGGAGUACAGUCAAAGUCAACAUCAGUUAGCCUUAAUUUUCUUUAUUUUGUUUUCGAACAACUGCCUUGUUUGUUGACAAAAAUAACAUGUUCUGAAUUGAGAUAUGUUACAAGCUUCUCUUAACAAAACAACACCCGAAAUCCCACAAAUCACCUGGAGGUUUUGUGGAUAGUAAGGGGUGUGUGUGUGUGUGUGUGUGUGUUUGCUUGCGUGCAUGGGUAUGUGUGUGAGGAGUAAUAUUUGGACCUGUUCCCUCAAGGUUAUGUGUUGAGUGUUUCUUAGCAAUCCUAAUAAUCUCUACCAACAGGUGGGGUGAAGGUGCAUAAACAGCUUGAUUUGAGCCUGUUCUUAAAUGUAAGGAGUAGAGUGAUCUUUUGUCAACUCUGUCUUGAAAGAGAAAUUGAUCAUCAGGUGGUCAAGUGCUCUUGGAAUAUCUCUUGGCUACUUAAAGUGGCCUCUUGAUCCAUUGAGAGACUACUUCUAUCGUCUACUUUCCCCUUGUUCUCCCUUUUUAUCCCUAUCAGAGGAUGUCAGUCUGAGCAGCCCUGGUACUGGAUGUACCUCAAGAGAGUUAUAAGUCAAGUUGUUGUGUUCAGUGUGGCCCUUUCCUAGUAUCUAUUUAUAUUUUCUCACACAUGAGAAUGUAUAUUUUAUAAAGCAUGUGUUUGUCUACUUGUUUGUCUACUGUAAUAUGUCAUCAAUAAAGCUAA